AUGGCGGCAGCUAGGCUGCAGAGAUGGGCCUUGAUUCUAUCAGCAUAUGAUUUGGAGGUUAGGUACCGGAAGGGAGUGGAUGUCCCUCAUGCUGAUGCGUUGUCUAGGCUACCCUUAGCAGAAGCGGAACCUAUAGAGCUGGAUGCUAAUUUUGUUUCACAUGUAGAUGUGUGUACAGAAGUGAUGAACAAUUUCUGUGUUGUCAAGGACAUUGCACCUAUUACUGCCUUGCAUAUAGGUAAAAUGACGGAUAAGGAUCCGAUUCUUUCGAAGGUCCGAGAUUUUGUGAUGUACGGCUGGACGAGCUCGGUUGAGCCGGAACUAGCUAUUUUUCUAAGGAAGAAGGACGAGUUGUCCGUGGAACAAGGUUGUUUGCUGUGGGGUUCUCGUGUAGUGAUUCCAAAGAAACUGUAUUCAUCUGUGCUUCAAAUGUUGCAUGAUCAACACCCGGGAGUUACACGCAUGAAGAUGCUGGCGAGAAGUUAUGUCUGGUGGCCAGGCAUGGAGAAGUCGAUUGAAGACGUGGUGGCCUCUUGUUCUGCUUGUCAGUUAACUAGGAAUUCGACACCUAAAGUACCGUUGCAACAAUGGCCUACCACAUCAACCCGAUGGCAGAGGAUACACAUUGACUUUGCGGAGGAUCCAGAGUCGAGACAGCAACUUUUAGUUUUGAUUGACACAUACUCUAAAUGGUUAGAGGUAUUUAUCAUGAGUUCCAUGAAUUCUUCCAAGGUUAUCGAGAAACUCCGUACCUUGUUUUCAUCGUAUGGAUUGCCUGUCGAACUGGUGUCGGACAACGGAAGAUCUUUUACUAGUCAAGAGUUCAAAACCUGUUUGCAUAACAACAAUGUGAAGUUCACAUUAACUCCCCCGUAUCAUGCGGCUUCAAAUGGAUCUGCAGAGAGAAGUGUUCAGGAGGUCAAGAAAAACCUUUUGCGUCAAGUGAUUGAGGAACAUCAGCGUUCUCAGCGUACCACUCUUCAAAUGAAAUUAGAUAAUUUCUUGUUUGCGUACCGCAACACUCCAAAUACAGUUACUGGCUUAACCCCUGCAGAAAUGUUCCUGUCUUGGAAGCCUCGUACACAGUUGGUUAUGUUAAAACCCAAUCUCCAGUCAUCCAUUGAUCAAAAACACAGGGAACAAAAAGAUGCAGCUGAUAGGCUUAGGGGAAGAAGUAGAUUUUUCUCAGAAGGUCAGGCAGUCUAUGUCAAAACUGUCCGAAAUGAAAAGAUAUCUUGGGUUCCUGGCAAAAUAAUUCUACAGAGAAGUCCGGUCACCUAUCUUGUGAGUGUCAUUGGUGGAAAACCCCCAUUUUGUCAUGCAGACCACUUGAGAGCUCGGUAUGCAGAAGAGGAGGAGAUUUUUGUAUCACCCAAGGAUCCCAUUGUAUCACCCCAAGUACCCAAGAAUUCACCCCCGCCGGAGGAUCGACCAACUAGUCCCCAGAUGAUGUCACCUGUACCUAGGCCUACUACCAGUCCCAGGGAGAGCCUAGGGCAAGCCCAGCCUCAGCCAACUCCUGUGUCACCGCUAGCACAGUGCAGCCCACUACCCUCGCUGAGGAAGUCUGGACGGACUGUGCGAAAGCCUCACAGGCUGGACUUGUAA